CUUGUGCUCCUGGGUCUUUCUUUCUUUCUCCUUCUCUCUCUCACGCACCAGCUGCUGUUGGUGCUUGGGACUGGUGAGGAAAAAGAAAAACACAGAAUCAAGAAGCCUUCAGUCCUACUUUGUUUUGCAGAGUUGCUGAUCUUUGAGAAUAUAGUUUCGGGGAUUUGACAAGUAGAUCCAGUCUCCCGCCGAACGGUAUUAUCGUAUCUAAUGGAGAGCAAAGAUUUGCAUGUCCAUCUUUCAACAAGGCGAGGUUCCCCUCGAGAACUCCCACCUCCUUCAAAGUGUGCCAUGUCCAAAACUACCGCUUGUUUUGAUGGUGCUGAGUGCGACAGUGGCUUGGCUUGUCAAUCUCAGUUGGCUACUGCUGUCACUUCCCAAGGAGAUCCAACGGCUGGCAAAGGAUCAGGAACUCCUAAAAUACAAAGCCAGGCCAAUGCUAUCAAAUUACCUCCUCUGCAGUCGCUUGUUCAAGCAAAUCAGUGCCGUCAGUCCAAUUCGAUCUCUAUCAGCUUGCCUGCUUCUCCAUCUGGAAUAACUAUCGGAGAAGCUAUAAAAGUUGUAUUUGGGGAUAAAGCUGGAUCAGCUGCCAUUGAUGAAGAACUAAAUCCACCUUCUGACUCAAGUAGUAGCAACUCAAGACCAGCAAAACCGGGGAAGUUCCAUUCUCGGUCCAUACCAGCUGGAAGUUCAUAUGGCAAGGCAGCUGCAAUGGGAAAAGCUAAUGGUCCAUUGGCGGAUCAUCAAAGGAUGCCAAGAAGCUAUAGUUCGAGGGACAAACGCUUUGAUUCUUUCAAGACAUGGUCUGGAAAACUCGAAAGGCAGUUGUCGAACUUCCGUGGAAAGCCACAGGAACCUGAUGUGGAGGCCAAUGAUUCAGAUAUUAGUAUGGAAGCCGAGGCUGUGCCAGCAGUAGACCGCUACUUCGAUGCCUUGGAAGGCCCCGAAUUAGACACUUUAAAGGCAUCAGAGGUGUCAGCUCUUCCUGAAGACAAGAAGUGGCCUUUUCUUCUUCGCUUCCCAAUAUCUGCCUUUGGUAUGUGCCUUGGUGUGAGCAGCCAAGCUAUCCUCUGGAAGACCUUAGCUACAGCUCCAUCCAUGAGUUUUCUACAUGUGAGCUUGACGGUGAAUUUUGUCCUUUGGUGUAUCUCACUUGCAUUGAUGAGCACUGUGUCCCUCAUGUACUCUCUCAAAAUCAUCUUUUACUUUGAAACGGUUCGACGAGAAUACUACCAUCCAGUCCGAAUCAACUUCUUCUUUGCUCCUUGGAUAGCAUGCCUUUUCUUGGUACUUGGUGUUCCACCAUCGGUUGCAGAAAACCUUCAUCCUGCGCUCUGGUAUGCCCUCAUGGCUCCAAUCUUUUGCCUUGAGCUCAAAAUUUAUGGCCAAUGGAUGUCCGGGGGACAAAGAAGACUCUCAAAGGUGGCAAAUCCAUCAAACCAUUUAUCGAUCGUGGGAAACUUUGUGGGUGCAUUGCUUGGCGCAUCUAUGGGACUUAAAGAAGGGCCUAUCUUCUUCUUUGCCGUUGGGUUAGCUCACUACAUCGUACUAUUCGUAACUCUAUACCAGAGGCUUCCUACAAAUGAAACUCUCCCAAGGGAUCUUCAUCCAGUAUUCUUCUUAUUCGUAGCAGCACCCAGUGUUGCUUGCAUGGCAUGGGCAAAGAUUUGUGGGGAUUUCAAUUACGGGGCAAAGAUGGCUUACUUCAUUGCUUUGUUCCUCUAUGUCUCUCUUGCUGUGCGGAUUAAUUUUUUCCGAGGCUUCAGGUUCUCACUUGCUUGGUGGGCAUAUACUUUCCCCAUGACUGGUGCUUCCAUCGCAACCAUCAACUACUCAAUGAAAGUAACAAAUGUGGUAACUCAGAUACUUGCUGUUGGACUCUCCGGAAUCUCUACCUUCACAGUAACAGCUUUGCUCGUCUGCACCAUCAUUCAUGCGUUUGUCCUCCACGACUUAUUCCCAAAUGACGUCUCCAUUGCCAUCACACGGAAGAGAUCGAAGUUUACCAAGAAGCUGACACAACUGAGAUUUGCGAGCUCAGACAUGAAAGACAUUGAAGCUUCCAUCUCAGGAAACACUCCACAACCAUGAGCGUUAUGUCAUCUUUAUACUUUUUGUGCGAUACGUCAUGGUCGGAUCCUGUUCCUCGAUAGAUGAGGAAAGGUUAAUGGCAAUGCAAUUUUGUUCAUGAUAGCAUCCAUCGAUAAUUGGGAGAUGAAGAUUGCGCCAGAACAGGAGGCAAUCUGUAAAAAAUUGUUCAUGCUGUUCUGUUGGUUAUCCAAGUGUUGUGUACAGCGUGUUGCUAUGUUCAUUUUAUGGGUUUCACUAAUGAGUCGAUAAAUGUGCAGUAUGUCCAUGGUUCGGAUUCAUGAA